UCGCUUCCAUGCUCGGCGUCGCGAGCUGUCAUCAUCUAACCGGGAGAGGCGAAGGACGUCCGGGACACCGGCCGCGAGGGGAGCCGCUGAAAGUCGCUUCUGGAGUCAUUUUCGGGAACUCAUGACUCGUGAAAGGACAAAGUGAUUGACAGCUCGGGUGGCCAAUAGAAAAGGUUCGGAGUCGGGGUUUCUCACAGGGAGCCAAUCAGAGGGCUUGUCUAGGCAGGCGGAGGGCGGGAUGAAGCAGACAGGGAGCGGAGACCCAACAAGGUCAAAACACGGAGAGCAGCUCCACAAGUACUCAGAAAGGACAAACGGACCAGUUGGACCAGUGGACGGCGGACGCUUCAUUCAGCCUUUCUGUCUUGGAUUUUUGAAUCCUCUGUUGUUCUGAGGUUGCGGACGUCCGGCCCGACGGACUGACCACCACCGUGUGUGUGUGAUAGUUAAGGACUGCUGAUGCAUCGUUUAAGGACUUGUGCGGCGCGAUUGCGUCCGCUCACCGCCUCGCAGGCGGCUCAGACUGUCGGCCAGCAACGGCCAAUCACAGCCGCCUCCACGAGCGGCACAAGGACGUUUCAGCCAAUCAGGUGCUACACGGCACCGGUGGCCUCUGAGCCGUUCCUCAACGGGACGAGCUCCAACUACGUGGAGGAGAUGUACUUCGCCUGGCUGGAGGACCCCAAGAGUGUUCACAAGUCGUGGGAUGUGUUUUUCCGGAACGCUAACGCCGGCGCUCCUCCCGGCGCCGCCUACCAGUCUCCUCUGGGUCUGUCUGCUGCUCCUCAGCUCUCCUCGCUGGUCGGAGCUCAGCCCAACGUGGAGAAGCUGGUGGAGGAUCACCUGGCUGUGCAGUCACUGAUCAGAGCCUACCAGAUCCGAGGGCACCAUGUGGCCCAGUUGGACCCUCUCGGCAUCAUGGACGCCGAUCUGGACUCGUGUGUCCCCACUGACAUUAUCACGUCCUCCGACAAGCUGGGCUUCUAUGGUCUGGAUGAGACAGACCUGGACAAGGUGUUCCGCCUCCCCACCACCACCUUCAUCGGGGGCUCGGAGAGCGCUCUGCCUCUGAGGGAGAUCAUACGACGACUGGAGAUGGCAUACUGUCAGCACAUCGGCGUUGAGUUCAUGUUCAUCAACGACCUGGAACAGUGUCAGUGGAUCAGAGAGAAGUUUGAGACUCCAGGUGUGAUGCAGUUCACUCUGGAGGAGAAGAGGACUCUGCUGGCCCGUAUGGUCCGCUCCACCAGGUUUGAGGAGUUCCUGCAGAAGAAGUGGUCUGCAGAGAAACGUUUUGGUCUGGAGGGAUGUGAGUCUCUGAUCCCGGCUCUGAAAACCAUCAUUGAUAAAUCCUCUGAGAAUGGCGUGGAGACCGUCAUCAUGGGCAUGCCUCACAGGGGUCGUCUGAAUGUUUUGGCCAAUGUGAUCCGUAAAGAGUUGGAGCAGAUUUUCUGUCAGUUUGACUCCAAACUGGAAGCUGCUGAUGAGGGCUCCGGUGAUGUGAAGUACCAUCUGGGCAUGUACCAUCGCCGUAUCAACCGCGUGACGGACAGGAACAUCACUCUGUCUCUGGUGGCCAACCCGUCUCACCUGGAGGCUGCAGACCCCGUAGUGCAGGGCAAGACCAAGGCCGAGCAGUUCUACUGCGGAGACAACGACGGCAAGCGGGUGAUGUCCAUCCUGCUCCAUGGAGACGCAGCGUUUGCAGGUCAGGGUAUCGUCUAUGAAACGUUCCAUCUGUCUGACCUGCCGUCCUACACCACACAUGGCACUGUGCACGUCGUUGUCAACAACCAGAUCGGUUUCACCACAGACCCUCGUAUGGCUCGAUCAUCUCCGUAUCCGACCGACGUGGCUCGUGUCGUCAACGCUCCGAUCUUCCAUGUCAACGCCGACGACCCCGAGGCCGUCAUUUACGUCUGCAAGGUGGCCGCUGAGUGGAGGGCCACGUUCCACAAGGACGUGGUGGUCGACCUGGUGUGUUACCGUCGGAUGGGUCACAACGAGAUGGACGAGCCGAUGUUCACUCAGCCGCUGAUGUACAAACAGAUCAAGAAGCAGAAACCUGUUCUGCAGAAAUACGCCGAGAAGCUGAUCGCAGAGGGAGCAGUGAGCCGGCAAGAGUACGAGGAGGAGAUUGCUAAAUAUGAUAAGAUCUGUGAGGAGGCGCAUGCUCGCUCCAAAGACGAGAAGAUCCUUCACAUCAAGCACUGGCUGGACUCCCCAUGGCCCGGUUUCUUCACUCUGGACGGACAGCCAAAGUCAAUGAGCUGCCCCUCUACCGGUUUGACUGAAGAGAACCUGAACCACAUCGGACAGAUUGCUUCAUCUGUCCCUGUGGAGGACUUCACCAUCCACGGAGGUCUGAGUCGUAUCCUGAAGGGCCGAGCGGAGAUGGUUCGUAACCGGACCGUGGACUGGGCUCUGGGAGAGUACAUGGCCUUCGGAUCGCUGCUGAAAGAGGGAAUCCACGUCCGCCUGUCGGGACAGGACGUAGAGAGAGGAACGUUCAGCCACCGUCAUCACGUCCUCCAUGAUCAGAACGUGGACAAGAGGAUCUGUAUUCCCAUGAACCACCUGGCUGCGGACCAGGCACCGUACACCGUCUGCAACAGCUCGCUGUCUGAGUACGGAGUCCUCGGUUUUGAACUUGGUUUUGCGAUGGCGAGUCCCAAUGCUCUGAUCCUGUGGGAGGCUCAGUUUGGAGAUUUCCACAACACGGCCCAGUGCAUCAUCGACCAGUUCAUCUGUCCCGGUCAGGCCAAGUGGGUCAGACAGAACGGCAUCGUGCUGCUGCUGCCGCACGGCAUGGAGGGCAUGGGUCCAGAACAUUCUUCUGCUCGUCCAGAGAGAUUCCUCCAGAUGUGCAACGACGACCCAGAUGUCAUGCCUAAUAUCACCGAGGACUUCGCGGUGCGUCAGCUGUACGACUGUAACUGGAUCGUGGUCAACUGUUCGUCUCCUGGAAACUACUUCCAUGUUCUCAGAAGGCAGAUCCUCCUCCCGUUCAGGAAGCCUCUGAUCGUCUUCACUCCCAAAUCUCUGCUGCGUCACCCUGAGGCCAGAUCCAGCUUUGACGAGAUGCUGCCCGGGUGUCACUUCCAGAGAUUGAUCCCAGAAGGAGGUGCAGCAGCGUCGGAGCGUCCAGAGGAGGUGAAGAGGUUGAUCUUUUGCACAGGGAAGGUUUACUACGAGCUUACCAAAGAGAGGAAGAACAGAGGGAUGGAGGGAACAGUGGCCAUCGCACGCAUGGAGCAGCUGUCUCCGUUCCCGUUCGACCAGGUGAAGGCUGAGUCGGAGCGUUUCUGCAACGCUGACCUGGUUUGGUGUCAGGAGGAGCACAAGAACCAGGGUUACUAUGACUACGUGAAGCCUCGCAUCAGGACCACCAUCCAGAGAGCCAAACCUGUCUGGUAUGCUGGCAGAGAACCGGCUGCAGCUCCGGCGACAGGAAACAAAAACACUCAUCUGAUGGAGCUGCGGCGCUUCCUGGACACCGCCUUCGACCUGGACGCGUUCAAGGAUCAGCAGUAGACUUGUGACCUCUGACCCCUGCAACAUCUGGAACAAACCCUGACCUGUAUGACCUUUGACCCCCUCCCUCACCACUUCCUGGAUUCACCCUCUCUCACUCAAACACACUGACACACACUGUACUACAUACUGCAAAUACUCUGUACCACUGAGGAGAUACUGUAGUACAUAAAUACUGCACGCCGUCUGCCGGACAGGAAGCUGCAACGGUUCGUCAGCUGACAGGAAAUUAACCUGCAAAACUUCUGAUAAUUGAUAGAUUGUUUGUCAGUGUAUUUAAAAGCUUUUCUUUGUCAUAUUUGACGGUUAACUGAGUGUUUUGGGGGGUUUAUAGCGGCCUUUUUUUUUUUUUUUUAACAACAAAACAAGUCAUCAAAAAUAAUAAUCAGAAAUCCAACACAGAUACAGAACUGUGUCUCAUCAGCUUCCAGCUCUUUACAGUUACCGUGACAACAGUACUGAACUUCCUCAGCGGUACAGAGUCAGCGUGAACACGACCCAGAAUGCAUCAGCUUCAGAUGCUCUUAGAACAUCUGAGAGUUUGGUUCUGAUCUGCUGCCGCCAUGACGGAAACAUCUGCUCAGUUUCUUCUUCUCACAUCACAACAAAGAUCAUUUUAAAAAUGUUUUGUCAUUAUUACGACAUCAGAGGAGAUAAAAGCUUCAACAAGAAUCAAAUGAUUCUGUUUUAGAAAGAAACUCUUCAACAGAGGAAGACGGCAGCGUAGUCUUCAUCAUGGUGGCAGAAGAAGAAGAAAAAAAAAACACAAACUCUCUGACCUUUGACCUUCAGUCUUUACAGUCAAUCAGAGUGAACACACACCCCAACGUUCCUCCGUCCACACACACACACACACACACACACACAGACACACACACACACACACACACACAGAGGUCAGAGGUCAGCGGUUUAUUCAGAGCAGACGGUUCAGAUCACAGACACAGAGUGACUCCUCCUGUUUCUCCUCUUUUACUCCAUCAUCAUCAUCAUCAUCAUCACUCCUCCCCCCCUCCACCUCCACCUCCUCCAGGUUUCAGGAUUUAUUUUAGUUCUUAAAAAACGGCUCGUUAGCAUCGUUAGCUUCGUUAGCGCUCCCCGGUCGUUAAGUUGUAACAUGAGGGUUGGAAUCACUACAGCCAGCAGGUGGAGCUGUUUGCCUUUCAGCAGGUGUGGUAGCUCAUUAAGGAGUCUGUAAUUAGUCACUAUGGCAACGCUUACUCGCACACUGAGAUUUUUUUGUUUUUGUUUUUUUUCUUUGAAACGGAUAUUUGGGGAAUAAAAUGGCCGAUGAACUCAACCAAAUGCACUGCUGAUAAUGAUUGAACUGCUCGGCUUCUCUCUCUCUCUCUCUCUCUCGCUCUCUCUCUCGCUCUCUCUCUCUCUCUCUCUCUCUCUUCUUCUCUCCUCUGGCGAGCAUUUAUCCCGUGCCAAAAGGAAAUCGGAGCGUCUCAUGUUGUUUUUAUUUGAUUAGAUUUUGCAGCUGAAUGAACUCUGAACGUUUAGAAGAAGAAUCUCCUGGUUUGAAAAACAGAAACGAACGACAGCAGAAGAAGAAGAAGUCGGCUGCAGCUGCGUUCUGGCUUCUGUGAGACAAAAAGAAAAUGAUUUAUUUAUUUUCAUAAAAGGGGAUUUAACAUUCUCUUCAUUAUUUUACUUCAUUCAAUAAAGAAUACUGUAUGUACUGAA